AUGGCCACCUCAACCCAGCCUACCGGCUCCUCGAUACCGGCCUUCAAAACCGCAUUCCUAGAAUCCUGCCUCUCCGCCAACGUCCUUACCUUCGGUACCUUCACCCUCAAAUCCGGUCGAAAAUCGCCUUACUUCUUCAACGCCGGCUCCUUCCACACCUCCGCCCUCCUCUCCGCGAUCUCCACUGCCUACGCCCACACAAUCAUCUCCUUCCUCGCGUCCAAUCCUUCUAUCCCAAAACCGGACAUCCUCUUCGGUCCGGCUUAUAAAGGGAUCCCAAUCGCUUGCUCAACAUUACUCGAACUCUACCGUCUUGACCCGGAAACAUGGUCGCCCGUCUCCUACAGCUUCAACCGCAAAGAGGCCAAAGAUCAUGGUGAAGGCGGAAAUAUCGUAGGUGCCGGGUUAAAAGGGAAAAAUGUGCUAGUUAUAGACGAUGUGAUCACGGCGGGCACCGCUAUGAGGGAGACAAUAAACCUGGUCGCUAAGGAGGGGGGCAAGGUGGUGGGGCUCGUAGUUGCGCUGGAUCGGGUAGAGAAAAUGCCCGGGCCAAGAGAAAAGGAGGAGGGGGUUGAUGAUGGAGAGCCGAGAAUGAGCGCUAUAGGGCAGAUCAGGUCGGAAUUUGGUGUGCCAACGGCGAGUAUCGUCACGUUGGACGAUCUGAUCGCGGUGUUAAAGGGCAAAGGGGAUGAGAAUGAUCUAAAGAGGCUGGAGGAGUAUAGGAGGAGAUAUCUGGCUAGCGAUUGA